AUGUCUGACAAACUUCAAGUUGCCGUCGCCGGUAUUGGUCGCAUGGGCAUGCGCCAUGCCCGUCACUUUGCCACUCUAACACCCCGUGCCGAGCUCAUCGCCGUAUGCUCGCCUGUGCAAUCCGAGCUUGAUGCCGCGAAGAACGAGUUCAAGGGCGUGCGCACAUACCUCGACUACGACCAGAUGCUAUCCCAGGAGAAAUCUCUACAGGCAGUUGUCGUUGCUAGUGCGACCACAGUACACGCUGAACAAGCCAUCAAGGCUAUUGAGCGAGGAUUACAUGUUCUUUGCGAGAAGCCAAUCAGCACCAGCCCAGAGAUCUCCCAAUCAGUGGUAGACACCUACAAAGCCUCGAUCAAGAAGUUCCCGAAUCAGAAAGUCAUCUGUGGAUUCUCCCGACGCUUCGACGCCUCGUACCGUGAUGCACACCGGCGCAUGGCAUCCGGUAACAUCGGUACCCCAUCCGUCUUUCGCUCGCAGACAUGCGACAAGCUCGACCCUAGUGGAUUCUUCGUCGCCUACGCCGAGUUCUCAGGUGGUAUCUUCGUGGACUGCUCGAUCCAUGAUAUCGAUCUCGCACUAUGGUUCUUCGGCGAAGAUACCAAGGUGAAGAGUGUCACAGCGAUCGGUAUCACGGCUGUGCAGCCUGAUCUGCGUAAGCAUAACGACCGCGACAAUGCAUUGGGAAUUAUCGAGUUCUAUGGAGGUAAAAUCGCUCAACUCUACUGCUCCCGCAUGAUGGCAGCUGGUCAGGAAGACUGCACCGAGGUGUUCGGCACAAGUGGAAAAAUAGCAGUCAACACACAGCCCCAGCUGAACCUCGUCAACUUGUAUGAGUCAACUGGAAUCCGGCGCGAGAUUCCAGCGGAUUACUAUGGACGGUUCCGAGAGGCUUUUAUUACAGAAGCGAAUGAAUUUACGGCUUCUUGUUUGGACAACACGGCGCCUCCGCUGCGGCUUGAUUCAGCUGUUAAAGCUGUUACUAUUGGGUGUGCAUUGCAGGAGUCGUUGAUUACUGGAAAGAAGAUUGAAUUUAGAGAGAACGGGGAGCGGGCGAAGCUGUGA